AUGUCUCAAUUAACUUCUUCUGUCAGAAAAGGACACGAACUCAACACAAAAUCACUCGAAAGCUAUCUUCUAGAGGCUAUCCCGGGUUUCACUACUCCUUUACAUGUUAGCCAAUUCAAUCAUGGUCAAUCCAAUCCCACUUAUUUAUUGAAAGAUGGAAACCAGCAACAGUAUGUAUUGAGAAAGAAGCCUCCAGGCGCUCUGAUCUCCAAGACAGCUCAUGCAGUAGAACGUGAGUAUCGCAUCAUCCGCGCUCUUGGAGAAAACUCCAAUGUACCUGUACCCAAGGUAUACACCUUGUGUGAAGAUGUCAGUGUCAUUGGCACACCAUUCUAUGUUAUGGAGUUUCUCAAAGGCAGAAUCUUUACCGAUGUCAGAAUGUUAGAUAUACCUUUCGAGGAGCGUAGAGCAUGCUGGUUUUCGGCAGUUGUUACAUUGGGAAAGUUACACUCUGUUGAUUUCAAGGCUAUUGGAUUAGAGGGAUAUGGUAAAGAUGCUGGUUUCUAUACACGUCAAAUGAAGUCUCUUGGUAAAGUAUCUGGUGCUCAAGGAGCAGUUGUGGACGAGGAAACAGGAAAAGAAGUAGGUCCCAUCCCUCGUUUGGACGAGAUGUUUGCUUGGUUCAAACGCAACGAAGUAACAGAUCAAGCAACUAUCAUUCAUGGUGAUUUCAAGAUUGAUAACAUGAUUUUCCAUCCUACUGAGCCUCGAGUCAUUGGCGUACUUGAUUGGGAGUUGUCGACUAUUGGUCAUCCUUUGUCAGAUUUGUCUAAUCUGCUUCAGCCUUUUUACAUACCUCAAGAUGCUGGAUUAAUGGGCUUGAAAGGUCUUGAUCCAUUACCAGUUCCCAGCGCUGAAGAACUGAUGCAAUGCUACUGUUCUCAGCUAAAGGGUAUGACAUACCCCAUUGAUAAAUGGAUGUUUGCCGUAGCAUUCUCCUUCUUUAGACUGGCUGUUAUCACUCAGGGCAUUGCAGCUCGAGUUGCUCGCAAACAAGCAUCGUCUGCACAAGCUAAGAUUGUAGCCCAAAAGUUUAAACCUGUUUCAUAUUUAGCCCUAGACAUUGUUGACAAAGGCGAAUUAGGACGACAAGCCAAUAGUAAAUUGUAA